AUGAAAAUCUCCGCCGCGAUUCAAACCCUCCUCGUGCUGGGAGCAUCAAUCACAGUGCCGAUCUCCCUGGUACAAGCAGCACCCCAAGGCGAGUACUCUCUGGAGAAGGCCUUUGCAAGCUCUUUUUCUAGCCACCGAUAUAAUGCCAAAAGGCUAUGCGGUACACACAUCAGCGCGGAAAGAAAGGCGUCUGUCGAGCGCAAGUUCGCUGCACAGCGAAUAGCAGCCCCAGAAACUGCCAAGGCAGUAGCGCCAGUCAUUGACGUAUAUUUCAAUGUUAUUGCUGCAAAUAAGACUAUCGCUGGAGGAUGGAUCCCGGCGCACCAGAUCAAAUCUCAGAUUGCGGUUCUGAAUAGAGAUUUCAAGAGCACUGGAGUACAAUACCGUCUGGCGAAGGUAACAAGAUACAUCUCGAAGCGGUGGUUCAACGGUGUUGCUCCUGAAGGGGCUAUGCAAACUGAAAUGAAACAGAAACUCAGAAAAGGUGGACCAGAAACACUCAAUGUGUAUACCGUUGGGUUCCAUAACACACAGGCAGAGGGCCUACUAGGACAUGCGACAUUCCCCACAGACUACAAGAGUCUCCCGAAGGACGACGGGGUUGUGAUCCAGUAUGGCACCCUUCCUGGGGGCAAUUUGGCUCCGUUCAACAAAGGCAAGACGCUCACACACGAAGUCGGUCAUUGGGUCGGACUUUACCACACUUUCGAGGGAGGAUCUUGUUCAUCGAGCGGCGAUGAAGUCUCCGACACCCCUGCCCAAUUAAAGCCUACAUCUGGAUGCCCCAUUGCAAACCCAGACACUUGUCCUGGCAAGGCUGGUCUCGAUCCUAUUCACAACUUUAUGGAUUACUCGGAUGAUGUCUGUUUGACACAUUUCAGCGCUGGACAAGGGACACGCUUGAGGGCACAGCUGAGAACAUACCGAGAAAUUGAUGUCUGA